GCGCAGGAUGGUGUCCGCUAAAGCCGCGGGUCGGUUUGAAGCAGGGAAGGAGCUCCAUGGAAACGGGGCCGCGAAGUGUCAGCGAGCGGGGUAACGGCUGGGUGCGGGGCAGCUAUGGCCAGGCCGACCAUCGCCCCCAUGAGCGUCAGUGCCACAGCGCCCGAAGCCUUCGCCGUGCUCCAGCAGAGGAUGAGUGUGGUUGAAGAGCAGACCAGCGCGCUGGCGAGAGACCUGGAGCUGCUCGGUGUGAACGGACAGAGGUACGGUUGGGACCGGCCCUUAGAGACACCUGGGAGCCACCAGCCUGUUAGCCCUGUUCGGGCCAGGGUAGCGUUUGUAGGUGAAAGUGACAUGCUAUGGAAGAACUGUGAAUCUCUAGUGAAUCGAAUGUGCCGGUUGGAGAGUGUUGUGCAGACCUUGAAGCUAAACCUCUUCCGGUUGCAGACUGAAAUGGAGCUGAAUCCCAAGCAUACAGCCCAUCUGGAGCAGCGUAUGAACGCAAUGCAGGAGGAACACCUGCAGGAACUGAAGGUUGUACAGCUAGAGGCAAUGAAGUUGCGCCAACAGCUAAGUGAGGCAAAAGAGGAUGUAGAAAAGGCACAGGAAGAAGUUCAAAGAUUAAGUGCUGCUUUGGAAAUCGCCACAGCAACCAAGACAGAUGUAGCCAUUGCAGCAGAGGAGCUGAGGACAACAAAACACAUAAUGAACCAUAGGCUUCACGAGCUAAGGGAGCAGCUUUCACAGGAGGCAAGCCUGCGGGAGUCUUUGGAGGAAUCCCAAGCAACCAUGCUGAGACGUGUGCAGGAUAUGGAGAUAACAGUGGAGGCAGAACGGGAACAGGUACAGGUGCUGCAGCAGGACUGCCAUGGCCUGCACAAGGAUGUCCAGCUUGCCCGAGAGAGGUUACAGAAGGAGGAGGAGAGAACUGCACAGCUGGGGCAGGAGUGUACACAGCUGAAAGCUGACCUGGAUUCCAGAAACUGCAUCAUUUCCCAGCUCAGUGAAGAAGCAAAAAAUGCACAGCUGUCUUUCAGCAAAGAACAUGAGGAAAAUGUGCAACUGCGAUCUGAAAUAACAGCUCUGCGAGAGACAGCAGAGAAAGUACAGGCCAUUAAUGACCAGUUGACCCAACAAUGCUCAGAACUGAGUGCUACACUUCGAAGCGUUUCCAUGGAGAAUGCUAAACUCAUUUCAGAUCAUCAGGCCAUGCUUAAGGCAGAACAGGAGAGGAUGACUCAGAAACUGCUGGAACAAGACUUGCUGCUGGAUGCUGCACGUGCCAACAUUAUAGGAGAGCUGCAAAGCAUGCAGAACGAAAAAGCCCAACUUCAAAAAGAGCUGGAGGCCUUGCACACGGAGCAUGCUGGCUGCAGACAAAAAGCAUGCCUCGCCGAGGAGAUGACAACCACACAGAAGCUGCUCCUGGAGUCUACUAUUGCUAGACUACGAGGUGAACUGGAGACAGCACUGAAAGAGAGAGGAUCUCUACUAAUGGAGAAGGAGAGUCUUCAGCAAGAGAUGAAGAAAACAGCAAGUGACGUAACACAGGAGAAGAACAAACUGGAAGUGGAACUAACUGGGAACAAGUAUGCUCAACAGCAGGUCGAACAGGUUCUAGCAGAGCUGACGGACAGUAAGAAUAAACUGGCCUACGACAAAGGAAAGCUUCAGACCAAAGUACAGCAGCUGGAGGAAGAACUGCAAUCUCUUGCAGAUGCACAUUCAGAGAAUAGCCACCUUCGCAAGCUGAAUACAGCCUUGGAGACCAAAUAUACUCAGGCACAGACCACCUUUGAACACAAAGAAGAAGAAUUUUCUAUGGCAAUCAAGUCCCGUGAUGAGGCAUUGCGAGAGAGUCAGAAAAUUAAGGGGCACAUGGAAGCCAUGGAAGAGAGGGAGAAGCAAAAGAUGGCAAACUUAAAGCGCCAGCUAGAGGAGGCAAAGGAGGAUAACGACAAGGUGACAUCUGUGCUGGAGAAUGUGCUGGCUUCUCACAGCAGGAUGCAGGCAGCUCUGGAGAAGGUGCAAACUGAUCUGGGGCGCAAGGAUUCUGAGAUCACAGGACUCAGAAAAGACAGGACCCAGAACCAACAAAAAAUCCAGAGGUUAGAGGUAGAAUUGGAACAGUACCAGGCCAAACUGGUUGUCAUAGAAACUCAGCACAAUAGUCAGGUGGACCCACUUUGUAAAGCACUAGAAGUCGCUAGAGCAGACAAUAAGAAGCUUGCUUUGAGUUUGGAACAAGCUCUGCAGGCCAAUAGUACCCUGCAGAGCAAGGUGAUACAUACUCAGGAAGAAUUGGACAGGAAAGAAAUUGAGCAUCAGCAAUUGAUGGCCUGCAGGGAGCAGCUAAUUGAAGAAGCCACAAUGGAAGAAAGGCUGUAUUCCGAACGCUUGGAGUCCUUGAAGAAGCAGUUUCAGACCGAGCGAGAGGCUAUGAGGAAAGCAGGUCACAGAGAAUCUGCUGAGCUGAAGAAAGCCCUUGAAGAGGCUUCUUCCAAAUCUGCUGAAGUGUCCCGGGCUAACAGGGAGCUGCGGCAGAAAAUAAUGGAGUUGGAAAAGUCCCUGGUCAGUUACAGGGGGAAGCUAAAGAGCCAAAGAUCUCAAAUCAGACACUACUUGGCUUCCAAGACUAACAACAUCCAGAACACAGAGAGGAUAAAGGAGAUUGAAUCUGAGCUGAGGCAAAUGGAGCUGAUCAAGGAGCAGUAUCAGAAGAAAAACUAUGAGCAGUCACAGAGCAUCCAGAAAUUCAUGACAGAGUUAACAAGUCUUCAGAGUGAGAUGCAGACCUUGGCCAAAAACCAGCAUGAAGUGGCAACACGGAACAGGCAGCUGGAGAGCCAGCUGGAAAUGGAGCAAAAAGUGCGGCAGCAGCUAGAGAACCAGUGUCAGAAGCUAGAUGAUACAGUCAAACACUUAAAGAAAUGCAAAGAGGAAACUGAGCAGAAACUGAAAGAAGCCAGUGUAGAAUCAGAACAGAUCACAGCUAACCUGGAGGAAGCUCACCACUGGUUCAAAUCCAAGUUUGACAGCCUGCAGCUAGAGCUAGUGAAAAACAAACAGCAGAAUAUCCCCAGUGAAAGGAACUAUGGCAAGGAGAAGGAAAAAGCUGUGAAACUCCCUAGCCAAGCCUCCCUGAAUCGGUGGGAGACUAAACAGCAGCUCAAACUCAUCUCCAGGAAGUACCAAUCAGAGCUAGACAGGAAGUGA